CGUGCGGGGAGGCAGCCGCGGGGCCUGACGGGAUUGUGGCGGUCCUCUCCCAACUCGGAAGCUGCGGCUGCCUCCAGACGCUCUCAAGAUGGCGACCUCUCUAGGUUCCAACACCUACAACAGGCAGAACUGGGAGGAUGCGGACUUCCCUAUUCUGUGCCAGACGUGUCUUGGAGAAAACCCAUAUAUCCGAAUGACCAAAGAAAAGUAUGGGAAGGAAUGCAAAAUAUGUGCCAGGCCAUUCACAGUGUUUCGCUGGUGCCCUGGGGUCCGCAUGCGUUUCAAGAAGACUGAAGUGUGCCAGACCUGCAGUAAAUUGAAGAAUGUCUGUCAGACCUGCCUCUUAGACCUCGAGUACGGCCUGCCCAUCCAGGUUCGUGAUGCAGGAUUGUCUUUUAAGGAUGACAUGCCAAAGUCCGACGUCAACAAAGAGUACUACACGCAGAAUAUGGAGAGAGAGAUUUCCAACUCUGAUGGAACGCGGCCAGUUGGCAUGUUGGGGAAAGCCACAUCCACCAGUGACAUGCUGCUCAAACUGGCCCGGACCACACCCUACUACAAAAGGAAUCGACCGCACAUUUGCUCCUUCUGGGUGAAAGGAGAGUGUAAGAGAGGAGAGGAGUGUCCAUACAGACAUGAAAAACCAACAGAUCCAGAUGACCCCCUUGCUGAUCAGAACAUUAAAGACCGAUAUUAUGGAAUCAAUGACCCUGUGGCAGAUAAACUCUUGAAGCGGGCUUCAACAAUGCCGCGUCUGGACCCACCAGAGGACAAGACUAUCACCACACUGUAUGUUGGUGGUCUGGGCGAUACUAUUACUGAGACCGAUCUAAGGAAUCACUUCUACCAGUUUGGAGAGAUCCGGACCAUCACUGUUGUGCAAAGACAGCAGUGUGCUUUCAUCCAGUUUGCCACAAGGCAGGCUGCAGAAGUGGCUGCCGAGAAGUCCUUUAAUAAGUUGAUUGUCAAUGGCCGCAGGCUCAACGUGAAAUGGGGAAGGUCCCAGGCAGCCAGAGGGAAAGAAAAGGAGAAGGACGGAACCACAGACUCUGGAAUCAAGCUCGAGCCCGUUCCAGGGCUCCCAGGAGCUCUUCCUCCUCCUCCUGCCGCAGAAGAAGAAGCCUCUGCCAACUACUUCAACCUACCCCCCAGUGGUCCUCCGGCCGUGGUGAACAUUGCCCUGCCACCCCCACCUGGUAUUGCCCCGCCCCCACCCCCAGGUUUUGGGCCACACAUGUUCCACCCCAUGGGACCACCCCCUCCGUUCAUGAGGGCUCCAGGACCAAUCCACUAUCCUUCUCAGGACCCGCAGAGGAUGGGCGCACAUGCCGGGAAACACAGCAGCCCCUAGCACUCAUCACGCUCUGGGGCUCUACGGAAGCGAGGGCGCGUAAAGAUCCUAGUAAAUGAAUCCCGGAAUAAAUAUAUUUUUCCUUCCUUUGUAGUUUCCAUGGUAGUGGAAUGUAUUCAGAUGCUGGCAGUUGGAGAACGACAGCCAUGAUUUCCUCUAUGUGUUCUCAAAGGAUUGAUGGACCUGAAAUAAGCUGCCAUUAACACAUCUGGUUACUGCUAUAACAUUACUAAUAAAACCUAGUGCCUCUUCCCCUCAUCUGUAUGGGGAACAAGCAACUGGGUGAAUUGGAAUGUCCAGCGGAGUUAACCAUCCCAACCGUAUGUUCAUUUUGUAUCUUCUUUUGGUGGAUGCCUGGCCUGUGAAGUCGCUCAGUCAUGUCCAACUCUUUGCAACCCCAUGGACUGUAGCCUACCAGGCUCCUCAGUCCAUAGAAUUUUCCAGGCAAGAGUACUGGAGUGGGUUGCCAUUGGUGGGUAGGGGGGCGGGUGGGAAAUGACCUGCAGUAAGAAAAACAAGCAAACAAUUUUUGACCUUUUUUGUGUCCAUUGGAUAUUUUCCUUUUUAUCAUCUAAAAAAAAAGAUUACUAGUACUAAUCAUUGUAGUGGCAAGAGUGUGAUUUAAUGCUUCUAAAGUCACACUCUUGAAAGACAAGUAGAAACAGCACCCAGCACAACCCAGAUCUUCUCUCUCCUUUCCUGAUUUAUUACUAAAGGAAUCUGGCUGAUAGGUUUACUUUUUUACACCACCAAAAAAGACAAAAAUUCCUUUUCAUUCCUGUCAAUCAGAUGGAGACACAGAUUUCAUGGAGCUGUGUAUCACUGAAGAAACCUGGUAUUUGAAAUGAAAUUAUUUUAAAGAACUUCCUGUAAAACACUUUAACAAACUGUGAAAGGAAAAGAAUUAAGAGUGUGUUUGAAUGGAAGACUUGUGGCCUACGGCUGGAAUGUCAAUCUUCAGCAUUCACCUUUGUGUGACUUCAGCCUCUCAUUUUAAUUCCCUGCUCUGGGCAGGGGAUUCUGUUUGGUCUUAGAAUAUUUGGAAAUAAUUGAAUGGUAGAUGGCAAAAAAAAAAAUUGAUGUUGUGUUGUAUUUUUGUUUUGAAAAAUUAAAACGGGUCAAUUUUCCAAA